AUGUGGGAAGCACGAUUUCUUGCUGUCUGCUGCCGGUUUUACUUCUGGCAGGCCAACAAGACGUUGUAUGGAGUCAGGGGCAUAGCUAAAGGCAUAUGGACUUUAGUGCAAACAUUCAACUUGUACAGUGCAGUGCCAUCGAGUGACUCACAGAUCAGUUAUGGAUCACGAGAUCCACUUCUGAGCAACAGAAAGCUGUAUCCAAACUUUUUUCGAACCGUCCAGGACUAUGAGAUGCAACAUGUAGCGAUUGCAAAGUUAGCUAAGAGUUUUGGAUGGAACUGGGUCGGGAUCAUAACCUCAGAUGAUGACCAAGGACAACGCGAAGCCGCACAUCUGACCCAAACACUCAGUAAAUAUGGAAUUUGCCCUGAAUUUACCCUUAGAAUUUCUCUAACAGUAUUUUAUAAAACAUAUUUCCGAGAUCUGAAAUCCUCAUCUUCUGAGAUUGUUAUUUUCUGUGGAACAUUAGGAAUACAUUUUAUAAAGUCACUUGGUUCCAUAACAUCUAUUCUGAGGGAAAGAACAAUUAUCCUUCCAGCCUCAUGGUCAAUUGCCACAGAACUCAUACACCACUAUAUGGAUGAUAGACUGGAUCGUAGUUUGGUGUUUUCUCCUCCAAUACGUUACAUCGCUGGAUUACAGGAACAUUUAUCUACUUUUCAUCCAUCCAAACGACCAGAUGAUAAAUUACUAGAGGACAUCUGGAUUUAUUUACAUUGGUGCCUUUCAGGAGAUAAUAAGAAAAAUAAAUUAUUUUCAGCAUUUGCUGGUUUCUCCCUUCAUAAUUGUACUGGAAAAGAGACGUAUGGACAGCUAAUAAAUUAUUCUAGAGAUUCAGGAACCUACAAAGUGUAUGUGUCAGUCAUGAGUAUGGCGCAGGCUCUUCAUGAUCUUUUUACCUUCUCACACAUAACGGGAGAAAAACAAUUGAAAACAAUCAAAUUCCAACAUAAACUAAAAAUGUUCCUAAGGAAAAUAAAAUUCAAAGAUCUAUAUAAUGAAGACCUGUCUUUUAAUGAAAAAGGAGAAAUGACUGAAAUCCUAGAGAUUCUAAACUGGGUAAAAAUGAAAGUUAAAUAUAAUAAUUUAACUAGAAAUGAACCUGUUCAAGUGCAUGUGGGCAGAUUUAAUCCAACAUUUCCUGAGGAUAAACAGCUGACUAUUCUCCCCAAUAGGAUAACUUGGAGACAUGGAAAGACACCAAAAGGUUUGUGUUCUGAAACGUGUUUUCCAGGAACUUACCAAACAUCAAAAGAAAGCUAUCACAGAUGCUGCUAUGAUUGUAUUCCAUGUCAAGAAGGACACAUUUCCAACACAUCUGAUAGUGAAAACUGCAAUAAAUGUCCUCAUGAUCGAUGGCCAAAUGAAAAAAGAGAUAAGUGUAUGCCAAGGGAUAUAGAAUUUCUAUCAUUUGAGCAGGACACCAUGGCUAUAAUUUUUCCCUCCAUAUCUGGACUAUUUCUCAUCAUAACCGUCUCUGUAUCAGGGAUUUUCAUCUCAUUCUUGGACUCUCCUAUAGUAAAAGCCAAUAAUCGGAACAUCAGCUUCAUUCUUCUUCUAUCCCUGAAGCUGAGUUUAUUCUGUGUGUUCCUGUUCAUUGGUCACCCAGAUGAUAUAACCUGCAUGUUACGACAAAUCUCCACCGGAGUCACCUUCACUGUUGCGGUGUCUUCUAUCCUGGCCAAGACCAUUAUGGUUUCCAUCGCUUUCAAAGCCACCAGACCUGGAAGCUUCUGGAGGAAAUGGAUGGGGGUAACACUGCCCAAUUCUGUAGUAUUGAUCUGCUCCCUUGUUCAGGUUCUGAAUGGAAUUAUUUGGUUGUCGGUUUCUCCUCCAUUUCAGGAGCAGGACAUUGACUCUUAUCCUGGAAAGAUCAUCAUUCAGUGUAAUGAAGGUUCUGUGGUGGCUUUUUAUUUCAUGUUGGGUUAUUUGGGGUUUCUGGCAGCGGUGAGUUUUGUUUUGGCCUUUAUGGUGAGGACAUUACCUGAUAUCUAUAAUGAAGCCAAGUACAUCACCUUCAGCAUGCUGCUGUUCUGUAGUGUGUGGAUCUGUGCCAUCCCAGCGUAUCUGAGCAGUAAGGGGAAGGACAUGGUCAUGGUGGAGAUAUUUGCUAUAUUGGCUUCAGAGAUUGGGAUUCUGGGCUGUAUAUUUUUUCCUAAAUGCUACAAAAUUAUAAGGUUGAAAAUGAAUAGAAGAAGGCAGUUCCGGGAUAAACAAUAG